UAGCGCGGAACAAGUUGGUGACCUUCAUUUACUAAAUUGAAUCUCUCUUGAGCAAAUUGAUUGUAAUAAAUCAUGGCGAGACAGAGAGACCUUUAUAAGGUUCUUGGGGUAUCUCCUAAAGCAACCCAGCAAGAAAUUCGCAAUGCAUACAAAAGAGAGUCACUGAAGUCGCACCCCGACCGAGUGCCUGCCGAUUCGCCUGAGAGGCCAGCUCGGACUCGUAGGUUCCAAGAAAUCAACGAUGCUUAUUAUACGUUAUCGGACAUAUCACGCCGGCGCGAUUACGAUGCGACACGAUUGGCAGAUGGGGUGGAUGAAGAAUAUGAUAUACCUCAAGGAGGUGCCGGUGGUUUCCCAUGGUCCGAUUUCGGCUUCGGUUCCGCUACUGAUAGAGAGCAACGGGCAUCGGAGCAAUUUGGAUCUGUUUUUGAGGAGAUGCUGCGCGAAGAGGGUCUUGCGAGUGAAGACACCGAUGCUGAUGGCCGCACGCAAACCCGUCCUACGUCACGCUUCUGGUCCAUUGUUGGCGGUAUUAGUGGCGGCGCACUGGGGUUCAUCAUUGGUAAUGCUCCCGGGGCGUUGGCUGGAGCUGUCGCGGGUAAUCGACUGGGAGCGGUACGUGACGCAAAGGGAAAGAGUGUCUACGAGGUCUUUCUGGAGCUGCCUCAAACCGACCGUGCUCGGCUGUUGAUGUCAAUGUGGGUAAUAGUGUCUUGGUUUUUGGGAUACUUCAAGUCUACGAUCAUAUUCGCUACAGUCUUUCUCACAAUGCUGCUUAGGCACCAGUCCCCCGCUAUCACCUCCCCACUUCACCGCAUGCGUCCUUCCCCCCCUGAAUCCGACCAUUUCCGCCGUCUUGUCGCUCUCGAGUGGCUAUUGAAAGUCUCCCUUUCUUCUCCUCGCUCUUCACACCAAGUUCACAAACAAGAUCUCUUAAUUGUGUUUGGCAUCAUGGCAGAAGGCGCAAGCGUGUAUCCAUCUUUGCCGAAUCGGCCUUUACAGGGGACCAUUUGUCUUUUCGAUGUCGACAACACACUGUCCCUCCCGAGAAGGGGUGCCACUCCAGAAAUGCUGGAACUCCUCUCUCGACUUCGCCAGAAGUGUGCUAUCGGAUAUGUUGGUGGAUCGGAUUUCGCCAAGCAGCAAGAACAGCUUGGCUCAGCUACAACAAACGUCACAUCCCUCUUUGACUUUUGCUUCCCUGAGAACGGUUUGACUGCUUUUCGUCUGGGACAGCCGCUCGCUGGAACCAGCUUCAUUGAGUGGAUUGGAGAGGAAAGAUACCAGGAGCUGGUCAACUUCUGCCUUAAAUACAUCGCGGACUUGAAGAUUCCUAAAAAGCGUGGUACCUUCAUCGAGUUUCGCAACGGAAUGAUUAAUGUCAGCCCCAUUGGCAGAAACGCUAGCUUCGACGAGAGAAAUGAGUUCCAAGCAUAUGAUGAUGUGCACCAUAUCCGUCGAGACUUGGUAGAAGCUCUCAAGAAGAAGUUCCCUGAUUGGGGUCUCACCUACUCUAUUGGCGGCCAGAUCUCGUUCGAUGUUUUCCCUACUGGCUGGGACAAAACCUACUGCCUGAAGCACGUCGCCGCUGAGAAGGAGAUGUCUGGCGUGGAGUACAAGACGAUUCACUUCUUUGGAGACAAAUGCUUCGAGGGAGGCAACGACUACGAGAUUUACAGCGACUCUAGGACAAUCGGUCAUGCCGUUCAAAACCCCGAUGACACCAUGAAGUUAUUAAAAGAGCUUUUCGAGCUAUAGAUGGGCCGAAGAAGUGCUAUAGUCCGGCUUUCUCUCGGAAAGUGAUCUAUAUGGAUUGGGGCAAAAGUGGGAUACCUAAGCUCGCGUUGGGUUCCGAGGAAAAUAUACUAAUUGGUUCAGAGGC